GAAACUUUAAUGUUUUUUUUUCAUUUGAUUUUAUGCAUGGCAAUUGGGUUAUUGCCACAGUUCAAGAUUCCAUGUGGGUUCAUCUUUGCUCGUUCUUUUAAGAAGUAAUUAGUGAUAUUGUUUAAGAAAUUUUUGUUUUUGUGUAUACCCACUUUGUAAUUAAGUGAAAUUUGUGGGCUUACUGGGGUAUGAGUAAUUGAUUAAAAAGAUGGAAUUUUUAGAUGACUUACUGUUGGUCAAAUGUUAGUAUGAAAUAAGAUUUUAGUAUAAGUGAAUUAUAGAAGAUUUAAAGCUAAAAAUAGUGGAUUAUUUAUUGUUCAUCAGCAGCAAUGGGAGUUUAUUGACUGAGUUGAGAUCUUCUUCACUUUUAUUUUAUAUGAUCCAUGUAAAGGAGGAAAUACCUAAAUUCUGCACAAUUGUUGGCUAUAUUUGACAAGCAAUUUUGAAUUCCAAUUAAUUUCGUUAUCUGAUGAAAUAAUGUCCUCCUUUCUAGUGUCUCCAAUUUUGAAGUAGUUGAGAGUAACUUGUUCCUUUUUCAAGUAGUGCAAUUUUUGAAUAUCUUGUAGAAUUUUUAUCUCCAUAAAGAAUACUAUGAAGUAGAUUUUUGGAGGAUUAUGCUCCAAAGUGGGAUGCAAUGAGAAGGAAAAAGCUAAGCAGAGAAAUUUAUUAUACUUACUUUAUAAAUCGUAUUUUUAGGUAUCUCUCAUUGGAACCAGAGGUAUUGGAUUGUUGAUAAGGAUUCCGGGUGUAGAAGCUGUUCCUUGCCUCAACAUCAGGAAUGAUGGCCACUUCUGAGGCAGUUCUUCAAGUUAUAGGUGGUUCACAGCCUUGUCUUUUUGGAUCUGAUCAUUCUUUCAGGAAAUUGGGAUCAUCUCGUACCUGUAGAUCCUUCAUAAGAUACAGAAGGAAGAGGGUUUCAAAGUAUGUGAAUUUUCUCAACUGUUCAAACACAUCAUAUCGUGCUAUUAGGGCCGAUCACUUUCUGAACACCAGACAACCUGUGCACGGGAAUAUUGCUCAGUCCUAUUUAAGAUCUAUGAACUGCAAAUGCCAGCGAGCUGACAGUGUGAGUAGUACUGCAUCGGAAAAUGGAACCGGGACAUGGUUUGUUGACAAUGACCAGAGCUUCGAUGCAGUUCAUGGUAAUACACCAAGUGUUCUGCAGUUUGAGACAGUAGAAGAGCUUAAAGUAGGAGAGGACUUUCAAUCCAAUGGGAGCUUACCUCCAAAUGGCUCAGUGCAAGAUGCCUUGAACAGAAUAGCUGAAAACUCCAUUGAGGAUGAAGCGUGGGAACUACUACGGGAGUCUAUGGUUUAUUAUUGUGGUAGCCCUGUAGGAACAAUUGCUGCUCAGGACCCAACUAGUUCCAAUGUUGGUGUUCUGAACUACGACCAGGUCUUUAUCCGUGACUUUAUACCUUCUGGUAUAGCUUUUCUGCUGAAGGGAGAAUAUGAGAUUGUUCGCAACUUCAUCCUUCACACUCUUCAGUUGCAGAGCUGGGAAAAAACUAUGGAUUGUCAUAGUCCCGGUCAAGGGCUGAUGCCUGCUAGUUUCAAAGUCCGGACAAUCCCAUUGGAUGGUGAUGAUUCUGCGACAGAAGAGGUACUGGAUCCUGACUUUGGAGAGGCAGCAAUUGGUCGCGUUGCCCCAGUUGAUUCCGGACUAUGGUGGAUUAUUUUGUUACGUGCAUAUGGGAAGAGCUCUGGCGAUCUCUCGGUGCAGGAGAGAAUUGAUGUUCAGACUGGAAUAAAAAUGAUACUAAGACUGUGUCUUGCUGAUGGCUUUGAUAUGUUCCCAACAUUGUUGGUGACUGAUGGUUCAUGCAUGAUAGAUCGCCGUAUGGGAAUUCAUGGUCACCCUUUGGAGAUUCAGGCACUGUUUCAUUCAGCACUGCUUUGUGCUCGGGAAAUGCUUACACCAGAGGAUGGAUCAGCUGACCUUAUCCGAGCAUUAAAUAAUCGUCUUGUUGCCUUAUCAUUUCAUAUUAGAGAAUACUAUUGGAUUGAUAUGAAAAAGCUAAAUGAGAUUUACCGGUACAAGACGGAGGAGUACUCCUAUGAUGCAGUUAACAAGUUCAAUAUUUACCCAGAUCAGAUUUCUCCUUGGCUGGUUGAAUGGAUGCCAAACAAAGGUGGAUAUUUGAUUGGAAAUUUGCAACCUGCUCACAUGGAUUUCCGAUUCUUUUCUCUAGGAAACUUGUGGUCUAUUGUCUGCAGUCUUACAACAGACGAUCAGUCACAUGCUAUAUUGGAUCUCAUUGAGGCCAAGUGGGCAGAUCUGGUCGCUGAUAUGCCUUUUAAAAUAUGCUACCCUGCUCUUGAGGGUCAGGAGUGGCAGAUUAUUACAGGGUGUGAUCCCAAGAACACGCCUUGGUCCUACCAUAAUGGAGGUGCAUGGCCAACUUUGCUUUGGCAGCUGGCUGUUGCUUCUAUUAAGAUGAAUAGACCCGAGAUUGCUGCAAAAGCUGUUGAAGUUGCAGAGGAACGCAUAUCACGAGACAAGUGGCCAGAAUAUUAUGACACUAAAAAAGCAAGGUUCGUAGGGAAACAAGCUCGCCUUUUCCAGACUUGGUCAAUAGCUGGAUACCUCGUCGCCAAGCUUCUCCUUGCCAAUCCAAGCGCUGCAAAGAUCCUCAUUACUCAAGAAGACUCUGAGCUUCUCAAUGCCUUCUCUUGUGCUAUCAGUUCUAAUCCCAGAAGAAAGCGCGGUCCAAAAAGUUCCCAGAAGACCUACAUAGUAUGAGAUCAAGUCAGUUCAAGAUUAUGAUGAAAGCAACCCCACAAAUGAUUGGAUGUUACAGUUGUUGAUUGUCUCAUAUUUGACAACAGACAUUCUUCUAUGGGUAGUGACUAUUCAUUGAGCCAGUCAAAGUGUAAAAUAGCUACAGAUUAUUGUUUUGCCUGGUCUUCACAAGCUGAAAUUCUAUUAACAUUUCAGCUUAUAAUAUUUCUGUUCUUCUGUAAACAACAUACUAACUACAGUCAAUACUAAGAAGCUUUUCAACCUCGGACGAUUAAGCGUUGAUGCCUGAAUAUGAAAUGAUUCAGUAUGCAUUA